AGCUCAAACCCGGGCAGAGACUUUGAGAGCGUGGAGCUCGGCGAGCUGGACAAGAGAGACGAGGAGCAGCAGAGGGAGAAGGCCCCUCGCAGGAUCAUCCAUUUCUCCAGCGGGGAGACGAUGGAGGAGUACAGCACCGACGAGGACGAGGGAGAGGACAAAGAAGCAGAGAGGAAAGACCUGCUGUCCUCCCCGCCGGUCGAUGCGGUGAGGUCGAAGUUGACCUGGGGUCCGUACUUCUGGUUCCACAUGUGGAGAGCCGCCACGUCCACCAUCUCAGGUUUGUUCAUCAUCAUCAUCAUCAUCAUCAUCAUCAUCAUCAUCAGCCUGAGAGCCUCAAUCACAGAGCAGCAUUAA